AUGCCGACCAACGGGCUGCACCAGGUGCUGAAAAUCCAGUUCGGGCUGCUCAACGACGCCGACCGCUACCUGACGGCCGAGAGCUUCGGCUUCAAGGUCAACGCCUCGGCCUCCAGCCUCAAGCGCAAGCAGGUGUGGGUCCUGGAGCCCGACCCCGCGCACGGCGCCGCAGUCCUCUUCCGCAGCAGUCACCUGGGCCGCUACCUGGCAGCCGAUGAGGACGGGCGCGUGUCCUGCGAGGCCGAGCGGCCGGUCCCCGGCUGCCGCUUCCUGGUGCGGCCGCAGCCCGACGGGCGCUGGGCGCUGCAGUCGGAGCCGCACGGCCGCUUCUUCGGGGGCACGGAGGACCAGCUGUCCUGCUUCGCCACUGCCGUGUCCCCAGCUGAGCUGUGGACGGUGCACCUGGCCAUCCACCCGCAGGCCCACCUGCUGAGCAUCGGCCGUCGGCGCUACGUGCAGCUCUGUCCGCGCGAGGAGGAGAUGGCUGCGGACAGUGACACGCCAUGGGGCGUGGACGCGCUGGUCACUCUCACCUUCCAGAGCCGCCACUACUGCCUGCGUGCCCGCGACAGCCGCUACCUGCGCAGUGACGGCCGCCUGGUCUGGGAGCCCGAGGCGCGCGCGCGCUACACGCUGGAGUUCAAGGCCGGCAAGCUGGCCUUCAAGGACUGCGACGGCCGCUACCUGGCACCCGUGGGGCCUGCGGGCACCCUGCGGGCCGGCCGCAACCUGCGGCCCAGCAAGGAUGAGCUGUUUGACCUGGAGGAGAGCCACCCACAGGUGGUGCUGGUGGCCGCCAACCACCGCUACCUGUCCGUGCGCCAAGGGGUCAAUGUAUCAGCCAAUCAGGAUGAAGAACUGGACCAUGAGACCUUCCUGAUGCAAAUUGAACAGGAGACAAAGAAGUGCACCUUCUAUGCCAGCACUGGGGGGUACUGGACCCUGGUCACCCAUGGGGGCAUCCAGGCCACAGCCACACAAGUUUCAGCUAACACCAUGUUUGAGAUGGAAUGGCGUGGCCGGCGGGUGGCAUUGAAGGCCAGCAACGGGCGCUAUGUGUGUAUGAAGAAGAACGGGCAGCUGGCAGCCAUCAGUGACUUUGUGGGGAGGCCUGGGGUGACUGUCCUAACUCACCAGGUGAGGAGGCACCAGCAGCACCCUGUCCUCCUAGGUAAGGAUGAAGAGUUCACCCUCAAGCUCAUCAACCGGCCCAUCCUAGUGCUGCGUGGCCUGGAUGGCUUCGUGUGCCACCGGCGGGGCUCCAACCAGCUGGACACCAACCGGUCCGUCUAUGAUGUCUUCCACCUGACCUUCAGCGAUGGUGCCUACCAGAUCCGAGGCCGCGGCGGAGGCUUCUGGAACACGGGCAGCCACGGCAGCGUGUGCAGUGACGGGGAGCGCGCAGAGGACUUCCUGUUCGAGUUCCGCGAACGUGGCCGUGUGGCCAUCCGCGCGCGCAGCGGCAAGUACCUGCGCGGAGGCGCCUCGGGGCUGCUGCGCGCAGACUCGGACGUGCCGGCGGGGGAGGCGCUCUGGGAGUACUGA